GGGGCGCCACUUCCGCUUCCGGCGGCGGGCUACAAAGCUCUACGCUGGGUAGUUGGUUUCCUUUCCUCGGAGUCGUUUGCGGGCUUCGAGUCCGGUCGCCAGGACCCCCCGCCCCCGUUGCCCCCUGCCCUCUGAGGUGGCACCUGCGCAGGUAUUUGGUGUGCGCCUCCCCCCUUCCCCACUACAGCUGGUUUGCUAAUCCUAGAGCUGACAAGCAUCCAAAGAGUUGGAAGUCUGCACUACUAGGAUUCUGACUCGGAGCCUGAGACCUCCUUUUCCAGAGCCCCAGGAUGGAGCCUGAAGGGUACCUAGAGACACAAAGAGAUAGAGAAGUCCAGAAUGGUAAAAUAAGGUCACCAUCCAAUGAGAUGCCGGCUGAGGAGUCCGAAGUUGUCCUCAUAGCGGCUCCCCAGGCCCAGGUUCCACGCCAGCCUUCCGGGCCUCCAGCAGAGAGCCUCGAGGGAGACUCUGUCGAAGACCUUGAGGCCCUGCCACGAAGGAGCCCUCCCAACGCGGCAGCCUCCAGACAGAGGUUCAGGAAGUUCCGCUACGAGGACGCGGCGGGGCCCCGGGAGGUCCUCCGACACCUCCAGGAGCUUGCCGGACAGUGGCUGAGACCCGAUAUUCACACAAAGGAGCAGAUCGUGGAGAUGCUGGUGCAGGAGCAGUUCCAGGCCGUCCUGCCCGAGGAGCUCCGCGCCCGGGCCCAGAGGUGUCAGCCUGGGGUCAGGAUCACUGGCUGAGUCCCGCCACUGGGGUCUUGCUCAGCCUACGCGUGAGACGCCACCAGAGGUUCUCUUUGUUGUUGCAAGAGCCAAGGACAGUCGUGGGGAAAUGCAAACCUCGGUUUUUCUGAGCUUGCCUUUGGCUGGUUGUAAUAAGAUUCCAUCAGAACCUGUGUCUGGACCUCUCUCUGGCUGAGGCAGCUCUUGUUCCUGGGACUGAGCUCCAGAAGGAGCUUCUCUCCCCUCUGGUUCGGACAAUCAGCCUGUUGCUUGUUUUUGCUCUGCUGAAUGCCUCCUGUUUUGCACUUUCCGACAUGCUUUAAUAUAUUGUUAUGUAUCCAAAGAAGUAAUCGCUUCAUCUUUCUGAAUUCUUGAUACUUGCUGUGGUGGCAUGAAUGGAAGCUUCUGUAACCCCGUCCAGUAAACUCACUUGAGACGUCCUUGAAAUAUUAAAGUUUGGUCCUUAAUCACA